CUAAACCCUGCUCCUGCUAUUCUUCUCCUAACAGAACGAUCAUUUGAAAGCUGUUCAUUGCAAGGAUGGAUGGGUUACAGGAUGUGCAGCUGACUGAGAUUAAGCCCCUUCUGACAGACAAAAAUGCCCGAAACUUUCAGGAUUUCGACUGUCAGGAGCAUGACAUUGAGGCCCCCCACGGUGUUCUCCAUGUCACUAUGAGAGGAACACCUAAAGGCAACCGGCCCGUGAUCCUUACAUACCACGACAUAGGCCUCAACCAUAAGUCAUGCUUCAACACUCUUUUUAACUUUGAGGACAUGCAGGAAAUCACACAGCAUUUUGCCGUGGUUCAAGUGGAUGCUCCAGGUCAGCAGGAGAAUGCAGCACCUUUCCCCCCUGGGUAUCAGUACCCUACGAUGGAUCAGCUAGCUGAGAUGUUGCCCUCAGUCAUGACCCACUUAAAGAUCAAUAGUGUGAUUGGGAUUGGUGUUGGUGCUGGAGCCUACAUUCUCACCAGACUGGCGCUGAAUCAGCCUACACUGGUAGAGGGUCUGGUUCUUAUUAAUGUGGACCCGUGUGCAAAAGGAUGGAUGGACUGGGCUGCCUCAAAGUUGUUAGGAUGGACCAGCAACCUGGUGGACAUCGUGAUGGGGCAUCAUUUCAGCACAGAUGAGCUGACAGAAAUCCAGGAGAUCAUUCAGACAUACCGUCUGCACAUCGCUCAGGACAUGAACCAGGACAACCUUAAACUGUUCUGCAACUCCUACAACAGCCGCCGAGAUCUUGAGAUUGAGAGGCCCGUCAUAGGGCUUAAUGAGGGAACUGUCAACACUCUGAAGUGUCCUGCAUUGCUAAUUGUUGGUGAUACCUCUCCAGCUGUGGAGGCCGUUGUUGAGUGUAACUCGAGGUUAAACCCCACAAAGACCACCCUUCUGAAGAUGGCAGAUUGUGGUGGCCUACCCCAAGUUGUACAACCUGGUAAACUUGCUGAGGCCUUCAAGUACUUUGUCCAGGGCAUGGGUUACAUGCCUACUGCUAGUAUGACGCGCUUGACACGCUCUCGUACCCACUCAGCUUACAGCAUGAACUCUGGGGAAGGCGCACGUAGGUGCACGUAGCCGCACUCACAAUAAC